AUGGAUGUGACCAUGGGGUAUGAUAAACUUUUGGAGGGGAUGCUGAAGCAGCAUGAAGAGAGAGCAGAGAGAGAGGGUUGGGAUAGAGAAGAUAAAGAUUUGAUGGAUAUACUAUUGAAGGCCUAUCAAGAUGACAAAGCCGAGGUCAAGAUUUCCAGAACUCAUGUGAAGGCUUUCUUGCUUGAUCUUUUCAUCGGAGGUACUGCUACCACAGCAGAGGCCAUGCAAUGGGCAGUAGCUGAGCUCGUCAACCAUCCCGACAUAUUCAACAAGCACAGGGUGGAGAUAAAAUCGGUUGUUGGUACUAGUUGA